GCGGGAACGUGUAUUUGCGUCAGGACUAGUCGGAUACGAUAGAGACAGUUUAUAAACACAGCAUUUUGAGUCUUGUCAAGGAAUUGUAUAAACCUGAAUUCAACUUUCCCUUGCAAAGCAGUUAGCCAGCCUACUUUAGCUCUACUAAUAAAUCUAAUAAACACAAUAAAACCGUAACGUAUCAUCAUAGCAUGGUAGGUAGCUGCUUAGCUAGCCAUCCAGUCAACGUUAGCUGCUGCAGCAAUGGAUCAUUGGACCCAAUUUGAGAAAGAUACAGAGAAGGAGACAAGGAAUUUGAUUACUUGCAUCAGUGGGAUUCAAGAUGAAGAGGACCAGAACUUUCAAAUGGCCUUGAAAUUUGCAUGGUCAAAUUUCAGGUUUCACCGCUACCUAGAUGUUGACAGUCACAAAGUUCAACGUAGCAUAAGUGGGAUCUAUGAAAAGCUUAUGGUUCACUCCGACACAAGCAAAGCAGAGAGCUGGAGAAGCCUCACUGAGGAUUUCCUGAAUUCACCCCUACCCAACACAGAUGAAACUAAUACGGACGCACAUCACAGUGUGCUAUCUCUGCUGCUGCUUCUGUCGAACUCCCCGUUAAAAUCAGACUACAGUGAAAGGCCCAGGGUGAAGGAGGCAGAAAAACAAGAUGAUUUCGAUUGGGCAAAAUAUUUGAUGGAAGGGGUGGAUAUUGACAGAGGACCGUUCCCAGACACCCCUGAGUGGUCCGAAGAGGAGAGCGAGGAAGAGGCCAGUCAACAGCCCCUCAGCAGAGAUGAUUCUGGAAUCCAGGUGGAUAGAACCCCGCAGGAAGACCAGGAGAAUUCCACCAAGACUGUUCCGGUCUCCUGGACAGUGGGCGAGCCUGACGCCAGAGCCUGGCUGGAGCAGCACGUCGUGACGCCAUACUGGGCAGGACACGCCCCUCGCUUCCCCCACAGCCUGCAUCUCCACGCCAACCUGCUCAACGUUUGGGACCAGCACUUGUAUAACACUGAGCCAUUGUAUCUGCCUGAAGAGAAAGCCUUUGUCACGGAGACCCAAGUGAUUCGGGAGACGUUGUGGCUUCUCUCUGGGGUCAAGAAAAACUUCAUCUUCCAGCAUCAAGACGGGAUAGUGACAGUGAGGACCGAUGUGGUGGUCACUCACCUGACCAGUAACUGCCUGCGCUCGGUGCUGGAGCAUGUGGCUGUGUACGGCCAGGCUGUGUUCAGGCUGCAGGGCUUCAUCGAUGAGGUCACGGGCCACACCUGCGAGCCCGGGCCUCCAUGCUCCUCCCACUCCUCCAGGAAAGGGUCGGACCCGCCUUUCCGGACCUACCAGGCCUUCGUCUGGGCCCUCUACAAGUACUUUGCCAGCUUCAAGGAGGAACUCACGACCAUUGAGAAAGACCUCAUAGGCAAAGAUGAGACGGUGACCCUGUCAGCAGUGUUGGAGAGACUCAGCCCUCAUCUGGCCCAGAUCAAAGUUCUGCACAGAGUCUUCUGUACGGGCGUGGCGGAGGUUCCGCAGGCGACCCCCAACGUGGUGCGGGCGUCCCACCUGCUCAACACCUUGUACAAGGCCAUCCUGGAGUACGACAGUGUGGGAGAGGCCUCGGAACAGGCGGUGGCCCUGCUGUUCUCCCUGUGGACGGAGACGGUGAGACCCUACCUGGAGAUAGUGGACGAGUGGAUCGUCCACGGCCACCUGUUUGACCCCGCCAAAGAGUUCAUCAUCCAAAGGAACAAGGACGUGCCCGUCAACCACCGGGACUUCUGGUACGCCACCUACACCCUGUACAGCGUGUCGGAGGCGGUGGAGAGCGAGGAGCGUCUGAGCGACGCGGCCAGCGGGAGCUCGGGGGGGUGUGCGGCGGGGGAGCAGGGGGGCGGCGGCGGCCGACAGCUCACCAUGGUGUCCUUCCUCAAACCCGUCCUCAAGCAGAUCAUCAUGGCCGGCAAGUCCAUGCAGCUGCUGAAGAACCUGGACUGCAAGGAGGCGGAGCGUCCGGAAGGGUUCUCCAGAGGUCGGUUGGUGUCGAGGUGUUACUGUGUGGCAGAGAAGGACGCGGAGAGGAAGAGUUUGUACGCGCUGUUCCUGGAGUCCGUGCAGUCCCGCCUCCGACGCCGGGAGGACACGCCCACGGAUACGGUCACUGAGCAACAGGCCACAAAGAGGAGCCUCAUCAAGAUGCAGUCCAUCGUGGCCCAGCACAUGCAGAUGGACGAUGUUCAUGACCCCCUGCUGGCCAUCAACUUUGCCAGGCUGUACCUGGAGCAGAGCGACUUCCAUGAGAGGUUCUGCGGAGGCGAGGUCAUAGUGGACCGCUCCUCGGAGUCUAUGACCUGCCAGACGUUCGAGCUGACCCUGCGCUCCUGUCUCUACCCCCACAUCGACAAGAGGUACAUCGAGUGCUGCGGGAACCUCAUGAGGACUCUGAAGAAAGACUACAGACUGCUGGAAUACCUGCAGGCCAUGAGGGAUUACUUUCUCCUGGAGGCUGGAGACACCAUGUACGACUUCUACACCGCCAUCUUUGACAAGGUGCAGGAGAAGGAGAACUGGCAGCAGCCGUCCUUCCUCAACGUGCAGCUGCAGGAGGCGGUGGGACAGCGCCGGCCAGAGGACAGCAGCAGAUUAUCGAUUUUUCUGGAAACGGUUGAUCCUGCCAGGAAAAAGCAGCCUGUGCACAAUCUGGACGCCCUGACGCUUAGUUACAAGGUCCCCUGGCCCGUGGACAUAGUGAUCAGCUCAGAGUGCCAGAAGAUCUACAACCAUGUGUUUCUGCUCCUGCUUCAAAUCAAGUGGGCCAAGUACAGCCUGGACACGCUUCGGUUUAGUGAUUUGACAGUAGCCACUAAGAGAGCGGAGGGAGGCGUGCCACAGGAAGUGAAGGCCAAGGAGCCAAUCAACCAACAGAUCCACAGGAUGUUCCUUUUGAGGGUCAAACUGAUGCAUUUCGUCAACAGUCUACACAACUACAUCAUGACCAGGAUUCUGCACAGCACCGGGCUGGAGUUUCAACACCAGGUACAGGAAGCCAAAGAUCUGGACCAACUGAUUAAGAUCCACUACAGAUACCUCUCCACCAUUCAUGACCGCUGCCUGCUGAGGGAGAAGGUCAGCUUUGUGAAGGAGGCCAUCAUGAAGGUUCUCAAUCUGGUCCUCAUCUUCUCCGACCGCUGGCAUGCCGGGUUUGGAGCUUGGGAGAUUGAGUCCAUCGAUAAGAUGGAGUCUGAUUUCAAGAACUGCCACAUGUUCCUUGUGACAAUACUGAACAAGGCUGUGUGCAGAGGCUCUUUUCCCCACUUGGAGUCCCUGGCCCUGUCGCUCAUGGCUGGCUUUGAGCAGUGCUGAGGAAAGAAUAUCAUCCACCACCACCGCUGCCCUAGCCCUGCACAAACCACACCCCCAGGUCUCAGCUGUGUACUCUGGGCCGCGGAGGUUGUGACUGUCCCUGUUGUUCCAAGAUAACUCACGUCAUAGCACACGAGACGGGCGAUGAUGUCACAGUCGAUGAUGUCACGGUGUGUGCUGAGGAGAAAACGUACUGCACUGCAAGAAGGGACAGGAAUCGAGGAGUUUCUGAUUCAGACUGAAAGUUUACUGUACAGUGCCUGAAAUCAUGAUUGAUCCAGGUAGACACACACAAGAUGACGCAAGGUUUUAGAACUUUUAAGUGUCAAAAUGAUUUCCAGGUGUGCCAAGUUUGUAGAUAUAUUUUUUAAGUUGGUCCUAAAGCUGUUAUGUCGGAUGUGAUAUGUGAAAAUUGCUGCACAAUAAAUAUUGCACAUUAUCCA